AUGAUGCUGCUGUUCGAGCCCCACUCCGCCGAGAAAUUCAGCGCCCCGAUCUCCGGCCUCCGCUCCCUUCUCGUCGUGCCCGACGCCGACGCCGCCGCCGGCACCCGCGGAGGAUGCGUCGUGACGCGGGCGGCCGUCGCCGCGCACGGCUGCGGCCAUCGUGAGGACGUCAAAGAGAGACGCGACGACGGAACCAGCCUUGGGCACGGCGAGGAUCUCGAGACAGCAAAGGAGGAUGAUAAUAUGGAAGCAAAGGAUAGGGAAGAGGCGAGAACGGAAGAGGAAGAUGAGCUGGAUGGAUUCUGGGUGUCGUACGGGCGGCGGUGCCCGCGGCGCCGGCUGCCCCCGCCCAUCCCGUCGCUGGUCGCCCGCGGCGCGCUCAGGCGGACGCGCACCGACGACGGGAGGCUCGUCAUCCGGAUAGUGCCCGUCGUGCGGCCGGAGUGCAUCCGCCCCCGCCGCCGCCGCGACCGCCCCGUCGAGCACGAGGACGAUCCUCCGAUGGUGCCGCCGCCGCCGCUUCGGGAGCUGACGGCCGCUGCGCCGGAAGAUGGCAUCAGGAUUAACGUUGCACAUCAGGCGGACGACGACGCGGCCACGCCGGCUGCAGGAGAGGGCGUGCUCGACGUAGAGGACGACGCGGUGGCGGCACCCGCGGAGACGCUGCCGGUGGCGGUGCCUCCGCCGCGAGUGCCCUCCGUAGGAUGCUUCGAGUUGGUGUUCAAGCUCGGAUCCAUCGGUAGCAGCUCGCUGCACCAGAUGCCCAGCCUGAGGAUGGUGCAUUGA